CCACAGCUGGUGCUAUAGAAGAUUUGAACCUCUUUGGCAGGAAGUCUAAACUUCGGCGCUCUACAAUAGGAUAUUCUGGUGAUUCUAGAUUGCGUAUAACACCAAUUAGACCACCGCAGCUCCAUCUGAAACCUAUUAAUUUUGAGAUACCCCACGCAGAAGGUACGGCGAUGUUCAUUGGACGAGAAUGGAUCUUCAAAGGCAUUGACCAAUCACUGAAUGGAGAACAUACAAAAUUUGACGAGCCGUCCGGAGUAAUUAUUGCUGGCGGUAUGGGUAGUGGGAAAACCGCCAUUACAGAACAGUUGGUGGCACACAGUUGUUUUGGCGAUGGCAAAACAGGUCUGGUCCGAGCUCCCACAGACAGAAAAGAUGAUAGAAUACCGGAUGUUGGUAGUCAAACAUCAACACUAAAUAAACAACAGAAUAAGAGUGGUUCAAAUAAUAGUCUGAACUAUGAUGCUUUGCGAACACUUGGGUCACAAGUUGUGGCUUAUCAUUAUUGCCAAGCAGACGUAAAUGUGACCUGCAUGGUGCCAGAGUUUGUUCACAGUGUUGCAGCGUUCCUCGCGCUUGCUCCACAGUUGUACGCUUACCGGGAACUGUUACUACAGGACCCACAGUUACAGCAUGUGUUGAGUUUGAAACAGUGUGUGCAGGACCCAUCUAACUCAUUCAUUAAGGGGGUUUUAGAACCUCUUGAACAGUUAACACAAAGCGGUAAAAUGGACACCGAAACGUGUGUGUUUGUUGUGGAUGGAUUAAAUGAAGCAGAAUUUCAUAAACCUGACUAUGGAGAUACUAUCGCUUCGUUUAUUGUACGCCAUAUCGGUAAAUUUCCAAGAUGGCUGAAAUUGAUGCUAAGUGUACAUACAAAUAUGAUCGAAAUUACAUAUAAUUUGCCGUUUCCAAGGAUUUAUAUUGACAAAGUAGAAGGCAAUGAAAUGCUGGUGAGAGAUCUACAAGAAUAUGUGAUUCAUCGAGUGCAAUCGUGCGUUCAAAUUAAACGCAAUAUGGCCUUGAAAACAUUUGAUGCAUCUACGCCAGUAAAUUUCGCUUCGUAUGUUCAGGGUCUCAGUCACGGGUCUUUCUUAUUUUGCAAGCAAACGUUAGACUUAAUAGGACGUGGACAAGUAGUGCUAAAAGGUUCAAAUUAUAAGAUUUUACCGGUGACUUUAUCGGAAGUGUUUCUCUUACAAUUUAACAUAAGAUUUCCAAGUGUGAGAUCUUUCGAAAAAAUUUCACCAAUUCUUGGCAUAUGCCUGGCUUCCCUUUAUCCAUUGACUUUAGAACAAAUAUUCCAGGCUUUGAAUUCAGGAUUUACAGACAGAUAUGUAACAUGGGAAGAUUUUCAACAAAGAUUAGGGUUAUUGUCGGGUCUCUUGUACCAAAGACGUGACAGUACUUUUGUGUUCUUCCAUCCUGCGUUCCGAGAUUGGCUUAUACGACGAGAGGAUGCAGAUAACAGUACAAAGUUUCUCUGUGAUUUAAGGCAUGGACACGCCCUUCUUGCAUUCCAUUUAUCUCGCGUUGUAGCCCCACUGAACUCUGAGAAAACUAUAGAACUGGGCCACCACAUUCUAAAGGCUCAUAUAUACAAGAACAUCAGUAAGCAGCGAGGGUACUCUUCACGUGAUAUGCAGGCAUUCUGGGUCGCUCUCAGCGCAGACAACCUUAGUGCCGCUCUAGUCUCAUUGCGUAAUCUGUACUCUCCAGAUGUGAAGGUCAGUCGACUGAUACUCCUCUCAGGUGCCAAUCCUAAUACGAGAACCGUGUAUGAGGAUAAUUCUCCAAUACUUUGUAUUGCUGCCAAGGAAGGUCUCACAGACAUGGUGUCUCUGCUUCUCGAGUUUAACGCCAAUGUUGACGCCGUAUCCGACACUGGAAUGUCGGCGCUAUGUUACGCUGCAGCUAACGGACAUGCAGAUAUUCUCAAGAUGCUGUAUCUGAGGCAUGCAAGGAUAAAUCAUGUGGACAACAAUGGUCAGUGUGCAUGUAUCCAUGCUGCUGUAAACGGCCACCUGGACACACUGGUUUAUUUACUGCAAUGUGAUUGGUCAGUGUACGAGGGUCAGGUGACCAAGGUUGAAGCAAUGCAGCAGUCGUUCAUUGUAGCUGCUGCAAUGGGACACAAAGGGAUCUGUGAAUACCUACUUCACUGUAACAGGAAUAUACGUGAAGGUUUCGGUCUUGAUGUGGUUGACACCUUGUUAGGAGAAACACCGCUUACGGCGGCAUGUUUGAAUGGACGUAAAGAGAUUGUGAUGUGGUUGUUGGAUCGAGGAGCCAGUCCCGAAACAACCAAUCUGAAGUCAUUUAGCCCUUUACUGUGUGCAGUUGAGGCUGGAAAGUGGGAACUUGUCGAUCUUCUGCUGUCUUUAGGUUCUUCCAUUGAGCAGACAGAUAAACAUGGCCGUACUCCGUUAAUGAUUGCAGCAUACAAAGGGCAUAUUGGGGUCUUAGAGAUGCUAUUGUCAAGAGGAGCUUCAAUCCACAAGACAGACAAGGAGGGCUUGACUGCACUAUGCUGGGGUUGCUUGAAAGGUCACCUACAUAUUAUACAGUCAUUGCUGGAUCGGGGCUCACACCUUCAUCAUGCAGAUAGAUGUGGUAGAAGUCCAUUACAGCUGGCUGCCUUCCACGGAGAUGCACAAGUGGUUCAGUAUUUGAUAGAUCAAGGUGCCCAGAUUGAGCAUGCUGAUCUGAACGGGAUGCGAGCAUUAGACCGUGCCAUCGAUCGCAGAAAUACAGCCGUUGUUGUAUGUUUCUUGCGUAAAGGAGCAAAACUAGGUCAGAUGACGUGGGCAGUUGCUGCGGGAAAGGCAGAUGUCAUGUUGCUGCUCCUUAACAAGUUGAUGGAAGAUGGAAAUGUCUUGUAUAGGAAAAAUCGCACAAAAGAGGCAGCUCAGCGUUACCAGUAUGCCUUGAAGAAAUUUCCUCAGGAGGAUUUCGGCGAUGAUUACAAGACAUUUAAGGAAGUGAAGUUGAACUUGAUGCUGAAUCUAUCUCGAUGCAAGAGAAAAAUGAAUGACUGUGAGGGUGCAAUAGAACUGGCCACCAAGGCAUUGGAAUUAAAACCAAAAUGUUUUGAGGCUUACUAUGCUCGUGCCAGGGCAAAGAGGGAUCACAGAAUGUAUGCAUCUGCCAUGGAUGAUUUGAAUGAAGCCCUGAAACUGGCACCAACCAAUCGGGAACUGCAGAGACUUCUAGUUCGUGUGCGUGAUGAGUGUAUGGAACAGGCAAGGGGUGAAGGUGCACAAGAUUCUGAUGAAAACAGAAGAUCCAAUGAGACAGCUCUGUAAAGAAACUUGAGGCUGAUAUCUUAUUAGAAUAUCCAGAAGAACAAUUUAAGUUUGUGUUGAAUAGCAGUUGAUCACACAUUUAAAGUGUAUGAAAGAAAGCAACUGGUUUUCUCUAAUUCUAGUUACUGCGUAUCUAACAUCUGCAAAUGCAGACUAAAAGCAAACUGAAAAUGUAACUCUAAGCAUAACUGUUGACUGUGCAGAUAUGAAAGCUAACUUAGAAUGAGUGUUGUUACACAUUUGUUUGCAGCAUCUUUCUUGAAUAGGCUAUUUGCUUCAAGGCAGCUUUGCUACUAUUUAUUAGUCUUUAGAUGUGCAAUAAGACAUUUUUUUCCAUCCCUUCAAAGCAUGACCUUGAACUUCCAAGAUUUUUCCCUUUAUUGAUAUGCUAGAUACACCAUUGUUCUCCUGCAAUUUAGCUGUUAUAAAAUUUUAGUUUUUCAUUGUUGCUGUGAAAACAAAAACAUGGAUAAGACUUUAAUUGGUGGCAGUCUGUUUUUCAUGUACCAAAUUUUUUAAGGUAAGUCAUCAAGACUGCAAAAGGGAAACUUUAACGGCACACAAGUUUAAAUUGAACUAUAUUUUUUCACUUACCAGAAUUCAGUUUAGUCACAAAUAUCUAUCGGCUCGAGGAUACAACUUUUCGAAUCCGUAGACAUCCAAUCAUGCUUUUCGGAAUUUGUAAAAUAUGCUUUUCUGUGGGUUUUUUUUUUUGUUGUUUGCUUGAACUACGGUAUUCCCAUAACAUAAACUGCUUAUUUUUAGUCUGCCUUAAAUUACUUUUUUGCUUCUGAAUUUUUUUUAUUUGAAGCUAUUGUAUGGUACUAGUUUUUAGAAUUGCAAAGAGAAGCUUGUUCCACAUUUCCAAAUAUUGACUGCAAGGAACAAACAUUUUUAAUUGCAGCUAAAAUUAGAAUUAUUCUUUUCAGAGUAAUUUAUCAUUAUUACAUAUUACAAAGUAAUUUAUCAUGAUUACAUCUGAAGAGCAGUUUAUCAUGUUUACAUUUUCAAGGGUAGUUUUUCACAUUUACAUCAUACUAGAGUAAUUUAUCAGGAUUACACCUUUCUUAAAGUUUUCAUGAAAUCAGACACAUCAGUUCAUUAUAUAGAUAUUAAGCAUUCAUGUAUUUGUUGCAAUUUAUUCUAGUAUAUGACUAAAUGAGAAAUUGAUGCACUAAUAGAGAUAGUUCAUAGAAUGUAUUUCCUUGACCAGAUGUGCUUAAUUAUGGUGCAAAGCGUCCAUUUUCUUUGUAAAUAUAUACAUAUGUUGUAAAUUCCAUUGUGUACAAAGACAUAGACAUUAUCAUUCUUGUAAAUAAUCAUUUUAUAUAUUUUUACAUAUUAUAUAAGGCUUUUAUCUGACAGAUUUGGUAGUAAAUGGUUCAUUGCUAUUAAACAUGUUUUAAGUGUAUAUAGUGCUAUUGAAAGUGACGUUUCUUUUUAGUCAGUUUGUAACUUAAGGCUUUAUGAAAGUUAAUUUGUAAGUGUUAAAAUUCUUAUGGCAGAUUAUUAACUUUUAAUUAAAAGCACAUUGAUCACUAUAUAUAUAUAUUCAUUUAAAGCAUUGUUGAAUCUUGCAUACUAGUUGAAUACAGAAAGAGAAGUAACAGUUCUUUCGAUGUUACUUGAAAAUGUAAGAAUUCAGUAAUUGCAACAUGUGAGAAAACAAAUGCUUUUUUGUAGGAAAUUGUUGGAUAUAUAUUUUUCGACACUGUGACUGAUACGGGAACUGAUUAACUAGUAUGAAAUCAGUUUUUUAUCCAGAUAGUCUGUCGUUUUUUAGAUUGACAAAAUAAAGUAAGUUAUGAUAGCUUGUAUAUAUAUUACAGUUGUAUGUUUUUAAAGGUAAAGUUUCUAAUGUCAGUGACUGUAUAGGGUUGUGAAGAAAAGCAUUACAAAUUCAAGUAAAUAACACAGUUAUUUCAAAA